AUGAUGGAGUUACUUAUUGUAGUGGUGGCCGCCCUGGGGCUCCUCAUUCACGGUGAGGAUCACUGCUGAAAACUUGUUUUCAGACGUCUCCAGGUUGACCUCAGUGAUGUUCUGCUGUGAUUUAAAAACCCUGAAAAAAGCUGAAUUUACAGUCUACAAUCUGCUGGGUCUGUCUCAGGAACUCUUCUUCUUUUCUUCAUGUUUUUCAGGUUCAUCUGGAGAUAUCACCAUGACUCAGUCUCCUGGAGCUGUAGCUGUUGUUCCAGGACAGACGGUUUCUCUCAGAUGUAAAGCCAGUACAUCUGUGGGUACUGAACAAGACUGGUAUCUUCAGAAACCUGGAGAAGCUCCUAAACUCCUGAUUUAUCAGGCUACAAACCGUCAGUCUGGAGUUCCUGAUCGUUUAAGUGGAUCUGGAUCUGGGACAGACUUUACUUUGACCAUCAAUGGAGUCCAGACUGAAGACGCAGGAGUUUAUUACUGUCAGCAGGAUUACAGCACACCGUUCACACAGUGA